ACGAAACAGACAUAAGCUGCGCGAUCUAUUAACACUUGAUUUUAUAUGCGGCGCGCCUGCGUACUGAUUGAACGCAUCCUUCGAUGGCGAUUGCAGACUGUCGCGCGACAGGUAAUCCCCGCUGUUAACGGAGAUGGCAUUAACUACUUAGCCGGAACAUCGAGCAAACACACUACGCUAUUCAACGUUCGUUUGCACGCUCCUACAAGCGUGUACUUACAAGGCCAAAUAACAAACGAGUCUAUGUAUUGAUACAGACCAACAAUGCUGGUAAUAAUUCUGUCUCUGGUGUCCACAUCCUGGGCCCAGAACUUCGUGCAGUCACCAAAGUUGAACAGAUCUGCCUUAGACCUGAACGAGUGGUGGGGGCCUCCGGGGAUGAUCCAGGAUGAGAGCAUCCGACCUGCCAAGAUUUUGUUCGAUGAUGAAAUGAUCAAGGAUCUACAGUACCGGCUGCGGAACCACAUCACCUUCCAGCCUCCUCUUGAAGGCGCAGGGUUCACGUACGGCUUCAACAGCGACGCCCUCCCAGACUGGCUGUCAUACUGGGCUGAGGAAUACCCCUUCAAACAACGAGAGGAAUUCCUGAAUCAGUUUCCACAAUACAAGACCAAUAUCCAGGGGUUGGAUAUCCACUUUAUUUGGGUUAGACAGCCUCCCACACACAAAGAAGUAGUCCCGUUACUUCUGCUUCACGGCUGGCCAGGAUCAAUCAGAGAGUUCUACGAGAUGAUCCCGAUGGUCACGGCGGACGAUGACUCCAGGGACUUCGUCGUCGAAGUCAUCGUGCCCUGUCUCCCAGGGUUUGGAUUUUCUGGUGCAGCAACCCGGCCAGGGCUGGGUGGGGGUCAGAUUGCCGUGCUGUUUAGAAACCUGAUGCACAGGCUCGGCUAUACAAAGUACUACCUGCAGGGAGGAGACUGGGGCGGAAUUAUCAACAGCUUCAUGGCCGUACUCUUCCCCAGGGAGGUCCUGGGUUACCACACAAAUUGGGGCGUAGUUCCAUCACGUGAAGCCCUGGGACUGACUCUUGUGGGCGCAGUGUUCCCCCAUCUGGUGAUCCCUCCAGAGUUGGCAAGCCGCCUCUAUCCUCUAACUGAGAAGCUGGCUUUCCUGAUCGAAGAGACUGGAUACUUCCACGAACUGGCCACGAAGCCUGAUACCGUAGGUAUCGCCAUGACCGACUCUCCAGCGGGUCUCCUAGCGUAUAUCCUGGAGAAGUUCUCAUCUGGAGUGAAUGUGGCUAACAAGGUCCUUCCUGAUGGUGGUCUGCAAAACAACUUCACCCGGGAGCAGUUGGUCGACAACCUGAUGAUGUACUGGGGUAUGAGGAGCUUCACGACCGCCGCCAGGAUAUACGCUGAGACAGCUAAUAGGAAGCACUCCGCGGUGGGAUUAGAAGGAGCAUCUACAAAAGUCCCAACGUGGGUGGUCCAAGCGAAGAACGAGUUUACCUACCAGCCUCCCAAGAUCCUAAGCCUGAAGUAUAGGAACCUGCUGAAUACCACAGUGCUGGACUUCGGCGGGCAUUUCUUGGCGUUAGAGCAUCCGCAGGUACUAACCUGCAGUGUGUUUGAAGCUUUGGAAGCGUUUAGAAGGUGGCACCGGAAUAAUGUGGAAUAAAUACUUAUUAUUAUUGCUUAUAAAUAAUAAUAAUAA